AUGAGCCAUCAGCCUGACAGAGCACAGCCUGAUGAUCCCUCACAGAGUCCACCAUCCCAGAGGGAGCCGGCCCUGCCUGACACGACUCCACCCAGCAAUGACUUGAGGAGUCUUUUUGAGUGUCCGGUCUGUUUUGAGUACAUCUUACCACCCAUCCUUCAGUGUCAGCAUGGUCAUCUUGUGUGUAACAGCUGUCGCCAAAAUCUGGCUUCUUGUCCAACUUGCCGGGGCCCACUGGGAUCUAUUCGCAACGUGGCUAUGGAAAAAGUGGCCAAUUCAGUUAUGUUUCCGUGUAAAUAUGCCUCCUCUGGGUGUGGACUAACUCUGCCACCCGCACAAAAAGCAGACCACGAAGAGAGCUGUGACUUUAGGCCUUAUUGCUGUCCGUGCCCUGGUAUUCUCUGUCAGUGGGAAGGCACUUUGGAUGCUGUGCUGCCCCAUCUGAUGGACCAGCAUGACUCCAUUACAGUACUACAGGGAGAGACUACAAUUUUCCUUGCUAUGAACAUUAAUGUUCAUGGUACUUUUUACUGGGUCAUGAUGCAGUCCUGUUUUGGCUUGCACUUCAUGGUGGUCUUGCAGAAACAGGAAAACCACCUUGGACAAGAGCGGUUCUGCGCAAUUCUACAGCUGCUAGGAACAGCCCAGCAAGCAGAAAAUUUUACUUACCGACUUGAGCUCAAAGGUCAUAGACGGCAACUGACUUGGGAAGCAACUCCUCGGUCCAUUCGAGAGGGCAUUGAGACAGCCAUGAUGAACAGUGACUGCCUUGCCUUUGACACCGACACUGCACAGCUUUUUGCAAAAAAUGGCGAUUUAAGCAUCACUGUAACUAUUGCCCAGUGUUGA